AUGUUAGCGUUCGAUAGUUCCAGAUAUUUCAGGAAACUUCCCAUAGCCGGUGCUAAAGGUUGGGGCGAUUACGCUAGCCAGUCCAGUGUGUAUCACGCCUACCAAGUUGUCCACGCAAACGGCAUACCUGAUGAGAAUAUUAUUGUAUUUCACCCGGAUGACAUCGCGUAUAACCCUAACAAUCCUGUACCAGGUACAAUCAUUGAUAGGCCAAAUGGCACGGAUGUCUAUCAUGGGGUACCCAAGGAUUAUGUCGGCAAAGAAGUCAACCCUAAUACAUUUCUCGAAGUGUUGAGAGGCAGCGAAAAGUUGGCCACAAAUGGCAAAAAAGUUUUAAACAGCGGACCCGACGAUCACGUGUUUAUUUACUUUCUCGAUCAUGGUGCCCCUGAUGUAAUCCUAUUUCAAAGCGAGUACUUAUACGCCGAGGAGUUAAACACUGCCCUAAAGGACAUGCAUAGAGACCAGAGAUACGGGAAACUAGUGUUUUAUUUGGAGGCCUGCGAGUCAGGUUCCAUGUUCGACAAACUAUUACCAAAUAAUAUAAAUAUAUACGCUAUUUCAUCAUCUAAGCCGACACAAAAUAGUGGUAAAAUGUUUGAUGAUAAAAAGUAUAAAACCAUGAUAGGAUAUAAUAAAAAGUCAAACAAAAUCCAAACUGAUCCGGACAUUGAUAUGCUAAAGGACUGGGAUGUAGUGGACAAUAGGGAAGCACCGGUAUAUGUGUUGAGAAAUUUGAUUGAAAAUAGCGACGAUUUAGUUGAGAAACAAAAAUAUACUGAAGAGUUGGAGACUAUACUAAAAGGUCGCGAAUACGUGGAUAACGUGUUCAAUGAAUACGUGAAUAGUAUUCAACACUUAAUGCCAAACAUCGCAACCAAUGCUAUACUCCAUACGAAACAAGAGCUCAAUAAUAGACACUGUUAUCGACAACUGGUCGACACUUUCCACCAAAACUGCUUUAAUUUGAAUCAAAAUCCAUACGUGUUGUCAAAACUGCAAAUAUUUGUGAAUAUUUGCGAACAAAUGCUUGACUCGAGUGAUGCGGACAUUGCUGUCAACCGAUUGAUACAACACUGCGAUAGAAAUGGUUAUAAAAACGAUCAACAAGUGGAACCCGGAUAA